GGGCUGAUAAAAUUUUGCAUUUGCCCUUUUCCUUCCGUGAUCUUUUUGGAUCAGCCAAUUCUCGCAAACAAGAAAACCCCCAAAACAAAAUACCACUUGUCCUUGCAAUUUGGCAACGUUGGUUCUUGUUACCCUUGUUGCUCUUUUUCUUUUCAAACAAUCAAUCUUGGACCAUCAAGCGAUCGACCAUUACCAAACAACUCCUAGUAGGGAAGGAAGCCGGCUUUGAGACAUUGACUUGUCCUUCUUAGCGGCUGUUGCAGAUUUGCCUUUUACCUUCCUCUUUCUUUUUUUUUCCACACUUUUACCGGAACGUUGUGUAUUUUUUGGGCGGGGGUAGUAAGCCUUUCAGCCCACUGGCAACCGUCAAAACGUCUUCUCACCUAGGGCUCCGAUCCCUAUUUUUCGCUUCUCAACCCUCCUCUUUACCCCUCCUCCGAACCAAAGUCGCAGCAGCUGUUGCUAGCUCCAGCUCUCGCAGCUUCCGCUCUGCCUCUUUCCCCCUCUCGCUUCCUCCAAACAGAAAAGGGCUUGACUGCACCUUCGUCUACAUCUCCACCCGUUCUUAUAGCAAACGGAACAAGAUGCCUCCCAAGAAGCAGGUCGUGGAGGAGAAGAUCCUCCUGGGCCGUCCCGGCAACAACCUGAAGAGCGGCAUUGUUGGACUGGCAAACGUUGGCAAGUCCACGCUCUUCCAGGCCAUCACCAAGUGCAACCUUGGUAACCCCGCCAACUUCCCCUAUGCCACCAUUGACCCCGAGGAGGCCCGCGUCAUCGUUCCCGAUGAGCGCUUCGACUGGCUGUGCGAGAAGUACCAGCCCAAGUCGCGCGUCCCCGCCAACUUGACUGUCUACGAUAUCGCUGGUCUUACCCGCGGUGCCUCCACCGGCGCUGGUCUCGGCAAUGCUUUCUUGUCUCACAUCCGCGCCGUCGAUGCCAUCUUCCAGGUUGUCCGUGCUUUCGAUGAUGCCGAGAUUAUCCACGUCGAGGGUGAUGUCAACCCCACUCGUGAUCUCGACAUCAUCAGCGAGGAGCUUCGUCUCAAGGAUAUCGAGUUCGUCGAGAAAGCCCUCGAGAACCAGAAGAAGAAGACCCGCCAGGGCGGUCAGUCUCUUCAGAUGAAGCAAUGGAAGGAGGAAGAGGCCACUAUCGAGAAGAUCUUGGCCCACCUCAAGGACGGCAAGGAGGUCCGCAAGGGCACCUGGGGUCCCAAGGAGAUCGAGGUCAUCAACCCUCUCUUCCUUUUGACUGCCAAGCCCGUCGUCUACCUCGUCAACCUUUCCGAGCGUGACUACAUCCGCAAGAAGAACAAGCAUCUUCCCGCGAUUGCCGCCUGGAUCAACGAGCACGCCAAGGGUGAUCCCAUCAUUCCCCUCUCCGUCUCCUUUGAGGAGCGCCUCACUCGCUUCGAGACCGAGGCCGAGGCUGCCGAGGAGUGCAAGAAGGUUGGCGCCGAGUCUGCUUUGCCCAAGAUUAUUAUCCAGAUGCGCAAGGCCCUCAACCUCGGCUCGUUCUUCACCACCGGUCCCGAUGAGGUUCGCCAGUGGACCAUCCGUAACGGCACCAAGGCUCCCCAGGCCGCUGGUGUCAUUCACACUGAUUUCGAGAAGACCUUCAUUCAGGCUGUCGUCUACAACUACAACGUCCUCAGGGAGCUCGGUGGUGACGAAGCCGAGGUCAAGGCCAAGGGCAAGGUCAUGACCAAGGGCAAGGAUUACGUCGUUGAGGAUGGUGAUAUCAUCCUCUUCAAGGCCGGUGCUGCCAAGAGCUAAACGAUACACGUAAAUUGUCAAUACACAUGAAUGAUGAAAUCCCAAAUGACUUGGCUUCCUAUCUUUGUUGUGUUCACUUCCUGAUUGUAUACGCGCCUUGUGUAUUUUGUAAGCAUGUACAUCCUGUCUUGAUAUGGUUGUUGAAGAUUUUCAAACAAUUUGAUGGGUAUGCCGUACAUGGAUUCAUUUCACUUAGUUGACAGGAGCACCGUUUGUUUGUUUGCCACUUAUUCUAAGUCUUUGAUCAUCCAUACCCCCAUGUUCAUACCUAACAUUACUGCCGGCUGUAGACCCUGUGCUGGUCUAGUCAAAUGUCAGAUGGUGCUUGUCAAUUACAAUUCUCUUUUCUCGCGACCUCGUGUACUAAGAGUUCUUGCCAAGAAUUGAACC